AUGGCGACUGCAGGCAAAGGCACGAAGCGCAAGGCCGGUCCCGGCGGCGCUGGCGGCAACAAGAAGAAACCGAGUAAGACGCAGAGCAAGACGCAGAGCAAGUUUCAAGCUGGUCGCAAGAGUGCAGGUGCUGGACUGAAGAACAGCAGCAGCAGCAAGAAGAAGAGCAGCUCGAAGAAGCCGCAGCCAUCCAUUGGGCAGCCCACGCCGAAGCUACAGGAAGAAGAAGAGGUCGAGAUUGGCGAAGAAGAUGUGGCUUUCUACGAGUCCAAUACGGAGUUCACGACGUUUUUGGCGAAUAUGGACACCAAGGGGUUGAGCAAACCAGUGCUCACGAAAGGCGACGAGAAGCUCAAGUCGGUCAAGGCAACAAGAAACAAGGUGAGCUGUGAGCUGAAGGAUGAGGACAUGCCGCUCGAAAAGCUCGAGGCACAUCCACGCAAAGCCGCGUGGACGACAGACAAGCAGGAGGUGUUGAAGGACAAGCUGCCGGUCAAGUUUAUGGAUGGCAGCGUGCGUGCCAACCAACUGAUGGUGGAGAGGGAGACAGAGACGGAGGUGGAGACUGCGCCGGUUUUGAACGAAAAGGAUGAAGGAGAGGAUGAUGAUGAAGUAGGUGAUGAGAAUGAGGAAGAUGAGAAGGACGAGAUGGACUCGGACGUGUCGGACAUGGAGUUCGAAGAGAUCAUGGACGCUUCAGCUGCAGUACGUAGAGAAACGCCACUGUCGGGGGUAGAUCUGAAGCGCCAACGUGGGGUUCGACUACUGACGAAGAAAGUGGAAAUCGCGCAGCUGUGUGAGAGUAUCCUCGAGAACCCAGAAGAGUCGUUUAAGAAGGACAAGGAUCAUCCCCAGCAGCUCAGCAAGAUCCAGCAGCUGCAAGCGUUGUGCCACGACCCAGAUGUGACGGUGCAGCGUCUCAGCUUGAUGUCGCGGUUGUCUGUGUUCCUCGACAUUCUACCAGACUACAGGAUUCGCCUUCAAAGCAACGGUGCUGGUGCAGAGGAAAAGAGCAAGCAGAACCACGGACGUCCUAUGAAGAAGAAGGUGCAGCAGAUGCAAGAUUACGAGGCUUCACUGCUCAGCAACUACCAGCAGUUUCUCAAGCACUGUGCUGGGCUCGUUGUCAAGGGGCUGAAAGGGAAGCAUCCGGCGCAGCUUGCUAGUAUGACAGUGCUCGAUCGACGCAACAUGUUGCUGGCCGAGACGGGUGCUCGUUGUUUGGCACAGUUACUGGAGAAGAAGUACGCGUUUAACUUCCACCUCAACCUCGUGAUCGCACUAGUGCCAAUGGCCGACUCACAGUUCAAGAACAUUCGUGAGCAGGCUUGCGCGUCUUUCGAAAGCGUCUUCAAGAGCGACAAAACGUGUGUUUUCUCGUAUGAGAUUGUGCAGCAGAUAUCCAGCUAUGUGAAACAAAAGCAGCACCGCGUGCAGCCCUACAUCAUUCGGACGCUGCUGGUCAUGCCGCUGGAAGUCACUAUGGAACAGGGCGAAGCAGCUCGCAAGAAAGCAAAGUCUGACCGCAAGAAACGUCGUCGUCAGCAGGCAGAUGGCGAUACUGUUGCUGCCGGUCUCAAGGAAGCUGAAGCUGUUGUGGACCGAGCAGAGCGCGAGAAGACGCAAGCUGACAUUUUGCACGAGCUCGUGCUCAUCUACUUUCGCAUCCUGAAGCAAGCGACCUACUCGCAGGCAUUACCUGCCGUGCUCGAGGGACUUGCGAAGUACGCGUUCUUGAUCAACCUCGACAUCAUGAUUGACUUGCUGAAGGUGCUCAAGGUCCUGCUGCGCGAAGAAGAUGUGCUGCCACUUCCUGCGGCACUACAGGCUGUGCUAACGGGCGUGCGUGCACUUCAGGGCCCUGGCGGACAGGAGCUCAUGAUUGACGAGAAAGAGUUUGUGGACAUUCUCUAUCGUCUGCUGUAUCGGUUUGCUGAUGGCGAGGCGAGCUCAGACGCGUCCUGCUUUCCGACGCUGCUGCAGUGUGUAGAAGCAGUGUUCUUGCGCCGGAAAGAGAUUGUCGUGGAGCGUGUGGCGUCGUUUGUGAAGCGACUGCUGCUUGUGGCCCAACACCUCCCCCCGCAUCAGGCGUUGGCCACGUUGUCUCUGCUUCGGGCCCUCUUCCAUCGCUACGCCAAGUUGCAGCAGCUCUUGGAGUCAGACACGGAUCGAGUUGCAUCGGGCGAGUACCGGGCAGACGUUGGCGACCCCGACUUUGCGAACCCGUUCUCAAGUGCGUGCUGGGAGCUGGCGUUGCUGGCCCGCCAUGCCCACCCGAAGCUGUCUACGUACGCGCUCGGAACUGCUCAGAUGGCGCCAACGCUUCCGAAUGAACACGCCCGGGCGCUCAUGGAUGCAUUCGACCCGUAUGCCGGUGCAACGUUUGCGUUCAAGCCAAAGGUGCCGGUGCCGCCCAGCAACCCGCUGCACAAGAAGAUGGCUAGUGAAGCCAACAAGAACGACUCGCGCAAAAAGAGCCGUCAGCGCCGGGCGCGACAGUUUUUCGUGCGGGAUCCGCUAGCGAACCUGGACGAGCAGUACUGCAAGACCACCGCCUCGCUGUUCUUCCAGCAGUGCCUCGAACUGGACCAGCAGCGCACGGACAGCGACUUGCUCGUGUUCAAGAAGUAA